UCAUGAAGCAAGAGCAGCAAGAUAUAAUGUUCGAGACAGAGGAGAUGGCAUUGAGGUAAACAAAUAAACUUCAUACAACUAUCAUAAUAAUGUUCUAUGGUACUGUAAUUAGUUAACAUGAAAAGCUUUCUAUUUUGUAGUAAUCUUGUGUAUUUUUUAAAUUUACCAUACAUGUUCUCUUUUAUAUAUUUUAGUUUGACAACUUACUAAGCGAGGUAAGAGACAGCCAUAAAAUAUUUGUACACAUUUCUCAAACUCAUUGAUAAUCCAUCACAGACUAUUAAUUGUUGUCUAAGGGAAGCCUCACAUAUCGAUUUUUUCCACGAGAAACGUCAUAUGUUCGGGUGGGGGUUUGCCGCUGUGACGUUUCUCUGCAAACAUCAUGGAAAAAUUCGAUAGUUUUUUCGAAAACCUUAACUUUCGAAAUCAUCUUUUCAGAAUAUAAAAAAAGAAAACUAUAGAUACAAAUACCAGUCUAUACAUUCGUAAUACCAUACCGUAUGCAUUAAUUUUAUAAUAUUACGCCUUCCUUGCAUUGAAAACACUCAAUUCUCAAAUUUCAAGAAAAACGCAAGAAAAAUUAUCAAUAUUUGAUGCAAAAAAGUUGUUUUGAAAAACGUUGGAAAUUUUGAAGUUCAUAUAUAUUAAUAAAAAAAAGAUGUCAGCAGAUAUGUCAUCCUUGCGGAAGCAUCGCCAAUAGCCGACCGUAGUAAAUAGUAGAAAAUUACCUUAUGUGUACUAUAAGAACAAAAUAUCGAUAACUAUGUGUGGGGGGGGGGGGGGGGUCUCCAGAGAAACGAACAUAUGACGUCUCUCAUGGACAAAAUCGAUAUGUGAGGCUUCCCUAAGUUGAUACAUGCCAUAAUAAUUGGCCAUAAAUGAUCCCAACUACUGUAUGUCUAUAGCCUUGAAUUUCUCUUGAAAUAGAAGUCCGUUUGAGAAAUACUGUACCUGUAAGGCUGUAAUAUACAAAUUAAAUAAUUGUGGUAAAAUUACGAUCUCAAAUGGUCUGCGCCAGUGCAUAGUACAAGGAGAACUUAGACAUUUCGAGCAAAGGCCAUGAUACUAACUUCCGAAGGGUGUCUGCUUGAACCAGUUGACAACUUUGGAGUUUUCCUUGUAUUAAAUUUCAUGCAGUUGUUAGAACUCAGUUGUAUACAACGGUUGUAUCCCUAUCAAUCUUUAUCAAGCUUUCUGAUAAACUAUGCAUUUUAUUCCAGGAUGAAUAUGAAAUACAAACAAAACCAAGGCAGUGAGUAUAAUGACUUUGUUUAAAUUUUGCUUCCCAUCUUGAUACUGCAGGGUUUUGUAAUGUUACACUUUCUCCCAUGAGUCCAGUGAAACCACACAAGUUUUUCCAGUGUUUUGCGAGUUUGGUCAAAUGCAACUUAAGCAGGAAGUAAAUUUUAGCGAUAAAAUAAUAAAAUUGUGAACAUUUACAAAAUGGUAUUUUUCUACCAAAUUGUAUUGGUUUUCAAGAAAAUUCGUACUGAGGAAAAAAGUCAUUAAUUGUACAAUUUUGAUCAAUUCUAGGAAAGUUGUUACGGAUGAGGAAGCGACUUUUAUCAACCAAAAAAGAUAUGAUGAUCUGGCACAGAAACAGAAGUCAAUCAAUGCGCAAAUUGAUCGAAAGGUAAAUAGAAAAACAAUCCACUGGUUUUGUAUGUACUAUAUACAUAUGAUGCAACGUUUUGAAAAAUUGAACAAACUUCGAAGUUUGUUCUAUUAUCAAUUUACAUUUACAUAAUUAUAUAGAGUAGCUGAAUUAUACACAAUUGUAGACGCCAGCCAACUCUUCGCGCCCUACAUGCAUGCACUGACACCCAACAUUCAACACUUUAAAAUAAAAAAGCAUCCAUUGGAUUCUCUAUGAAUUGAUAACAUUCUAUUUCCGUUUAAACAAACGCAUAUACUAAUGGUCAUGUUUGGUAGGAGUCCCAGUGUGUCCAGUAUACCAUGUGUAGGCAAUCUGAGUGUGGAGGCAACCACUUUUCAAAUGGAGCAAGGCUAUGCUGGUGCUAUUAACUUCAGAGCUACAGUAGUUUAGAUCCACAUGAUAUUUUCGAGUUGUUUUUAUAUUUUUGUAUUGCUGUAUAAUAUUGCAGGUUAAGAUAGCAAGCUCCAGUGAUGUACUAUACAUGAUUGUAGCCUUAGACUAUGGAGGCACCGUCGCUCCAGGGCGCCCUAACUUCUGCAGCCAUGGACAAACGAAUCAGAUUUCCAUUCUGUUUUGGCAUGUUUUGUCGCUACAGUAAAUAAUCAUGUUCUUAAAUACGCUUAUGCAAGGGUGUGUUGCCUACAACAUUUUUGUAGUUCGCUAUAACUACAGCUACUUCAAAAAUAUGUAGUCAGCUACAACUACUGCUACUUUUGAACAAAAGUAGUUCGCUACUGACUACCGCUACUGCUUAAAAAAUGUAGCGAACUAUUUCGCUAUUUCGCUACGCUAUAUUUUUUAGUUUUACGGUAUUUGGAGCAUCCACUAGCUCAGGCUGUAAUAUAACCAAUAACAAAUCGACUUACGAGUAGCAACAGUAAACAAAAAGGGUCAAAGCAACAUUUUGGUAAGCACUACAGUGUUCAGGAGUGCCACUUUUCAUUGCGCUAAAAUAAUCUUUACUGUAUAAAAUAAUCUUUUUAGCAAACCGUGUCUUAAUAUCAUUCUAUUCUAUGAACGGUUGCUAACAAUUUUAAAAAGUAGCGAAUAGCGAUUCGCUGUUUGAAAAGUAGUAAACUACUUGGCUACUUUUAGGCAAAAUGUAAUUCGCUAUAACUACAACUAUUGCUUUAAAAAAGUAGUCAAAAACUACUGGCUACUUGAAAAUUAUAGUUCGCUACAGUAGCGAACUACAACUACUUCGCUACUACCCACCCUUGCGCUUAUAUAGCACAAAGUUGGUUUAGGUGGGAAAACUUUGAAAUAACAAAAUGUCUUUUUGUGAUGUUGUCUCGGAGUGUGUCCACACCGGGCAAGCUGUUUAUUUUGACUGCGGUGAAAAUCGAACCCGUGACGUUUGGUCCAAUGCUCUACCAACUGAGCUACGAGGUCAUGUUGGUUCGAUUGGGCGAUGAUUUCCACAGCGGUCAAACAGACACCAGAAACAGAAAACUGAACAAAAUGUCGUUUGAAACUAUUUGCAAUUAAAUUUACAUGUAUUGUAAGCAACAUCAUGGCCACGAAUCACGGACACGAUUUAGUACAAAUUUGCAUAUCACGUUGAGAUAUGGCUUCAACUUGAACUAUUCGCGACGUUGUUAAUCGCAUAUACAGGUAUAAUCUAAAAAUAAAGUAGAUCGUGUGCAAGUUGCUUUAAUCACUGGUUGCAAAACAAAGUUGUUGCCUAAUUUAAGGUAUUGCCUAUUCUGCAUUUUCAACAUUUGUACAGAGGUGUACGACAUUUGUCUGUUUAACUGUGCAUUGUUUUUAAGAAUACUGCACUACUGCCACUGGGAACAAACGAAAGUGCAGAAACUUAAACAAAGCAAACAUUAUACACUAAAUAUUUCUGCAAACUAUGUUUUGCAACCAUGCAGUAAUUGAGGCAAAUUGCAAACGACCUACAUAUAUACCGCGUAUUCUCUGAUUUUGCGAUUUACACACAUCUUGUAAUUUACUGUUUACUGGAGAAGCCGUAUUACAACGGGUUAUACAUCGAUGAUAUGCAAAUUAGGAAGGAAGUAGAAUACUCAUGUCCGUGAUUUCUGGCCAUGUUUGCAACGAUUUUAUUCACCAUACGGACUCUAUCAUCAGCUUAGCAUAAAUUGCGUUAAUAAACAUUUUUUGUACUUUUAGUUACAAAUGCACGAGGAGGAUCUACGCCAGCAAGAGGAGGUGAGUGCAACUACUUUGAAAUUGUAUUGAUCUGAAAUAAAAGUAUUUGGAAAUUUACGUUCGAACGUUUCAGCUACAAAUGCCCAUCGAGUAUUGGUUCUGUCGAUCGAUAUGCCAAACAUUGCGGUAUUUACCCAAUUUUCUACUGGCAUCACUGUUUAACUGGAAAGCAUAACGGACAACGGACAGUAUACUGAGAAGUAAUAUACUAAUAAUCUCUUCAGUAUACUGUACUACAGUAUACUGUAUAUAUACUUCAGGCAACUCACACAAAAAAUUGAACUUUCCAUUAAUAUGGGUUUUUGAAUGCAAAAACUGAACUAUUACAAUUAUUGGUUAUUAUAGAUUUCUCGCAUGGUAAAUUAGUAAAAACCAUAUGAUGUUUAAUAUUUGACAUGGUACUUUAUUUUUUCCUGUGCACAGGAAAGUACCAUUAAUGAUGAAUAUUAAACAUCAUGGUUUUUACCAAUUUACCACAUGGGAACUUACGAAAUCUAUAAUAUAAUAACUUCGUAAUAGUUUAGCUUUUACAUUUGAUAUCAUGCAGUACAUGGUAAAUCCUUACGAACCUUUCAAAAACGUCAUGCAUCCCGUCCUCUUCGCCUAGGAGUUCUAUGCGGCCAAACGCGAGGCUUCGCGAGCAGCGAGGCAAGAAAAAACCAAACAUGAAAAGGGAAGUAGUAAAAACAAAACAGAUGAAAAUUUGAAGAAAAUUCUUGACGAUUCUGCUUUUGCAUCCUGGUUGUCUGAUGAAGAUGAUGAACUUGACGAGUAAGUUUAAAAGCAUCAAUUAUAUUCUAACUUGUUUAAUUAAAUUUAAUUUGCUUUGCGUCAAGGCGUUCGUUCCGCAAGCCAUGCAGAUCAGCCGAGAUUUUCAUUUAUAGUGAAAAACGUACAGUAUGUUUACAGUGGAAGCUCUACUAAAUGCGAUCCAGAAAACUGCGUCUGACAGGGUGCGAUAAUUCAAUAUGUUUUAGUCGUACCUGACUGGCACUCCAAUGAUUAUUGCCACGUACUUGAGCUGGUACAAACUUAAGACUCAAGGUGUACCUACAGUACUCUUUAAAUCUAGAUUGGGAUUUUUAGGAUUCGGAUUUUUUGGAAUUGUUAAACAAUUGAAACAAAUUGUGAGAAUCGGAUGAACUUCCUGUUUCUAUAAUCCACUGCUGGGUGUGGACAUACUACACCUUGCGCUCGGGUCAAGGUACAUGCUAGAAGACCAGAAUCUCAAAAGGAACGUUGAAUCCUAAUCAAGUUUCAGAUUGAAUCCGAAAAAUCCAUAUGUUGUGGAUUUAUCACAUUCGAAUCUAUUUUAAGACUUUGUUAAAUGAAACUGAAAAUCGAUAAACGGAUUUGAAGAUCCAAAUCUGGAUUGCACUACUCAACAAAAUGUUAGCUGACUUAAUGUAAAUAUGAGAGUGUUGUUUACUGUAGUUUUGAGUAAGUCACCAUUUAUUAGCUACUUUAAGUUAAUUAAAAUACAAAACAAUAGAUACUCCGAAAAUUGAAAGCAUUUUGAAAAUCGGAGUAUCUAUUGUUUUGUAUUUUAUCAAAAUACCCAGUGGUUCUCGUAAUUUAAGUUAAUUAAGUUAUACUAUUUUCUUCCACUUUAGUCACGAUCUUGAUACUCAAGAAUUCGAAGAGUUUUUACAAAAAGUGAGACAGACUACUUACCCCGGAGGUCCUGCUGGUAAGUCAUUGACAUUCGGGAAAACUUUAGAACGGGGAGUGGGUAAUCAACGGGGAGUGACCGGGAAUCGAUGUUUUGUUAUAUAGAUUUUAACUCAUCACUCACUUUUCUAAUCAUAAUGAACCAAACACAAAGAAGGUCGUACCUUAAAAUCUGCAGUUGACAGUUGGUCCAACUCCUAUUUAUAGCCGGGGGUCGCACCGAAGAUAUAUGUUUUUCUUGGUAAAACUUUGCUGAUCUAACCAUUAGAAAGUUAACUUUUUUUACACAACCUCAAAUAUCAAUUAAAAAAUAAAUACUCACCGCUGGCCAAAAUCGUUACAAAUUAAGGGAUACCAUUUAGUUGCCACACAUAUGACAUAUCCUUUACCACUUUUGUGACAUGAGUUUGAUUUUUUUUCUGUUUUGGUGUCGUGUACUCAGGUGAAUAUGAUGUUUGUAAUGUUACUCUGAGCGUAUAUCCACACCGGGCGGGCUUGAAAAAUAUGCCCGGCCACGGUGGGAAUCGAACCUACGACCUUUGAAAUACUAGCCCAAUGCUCUGCCAACUGAGCUACGCGGUCUGGUCGGUCAGGCCAACUGAGCUACGCGGUUAGGUCGGUUCGCGGGCAGGUCGGUUUGUGCAAUUUUCUGCAGUCUAAAUUUGAUGUUGUCUUGGAAAAUGAUAGUGACUCUGAUUGGAAAAUGAUACAAAUUGGAAAAUGAUAGUGACUCUGAUUGAUUUACAUAUUGUAUAUUGACACAUGACUGUUGACAUUGCUUUUUAGUCUUUGGAAAUGACAAUAAAUUUUUAUUACCCAACUCUUGAGUUGUUUUGUUUUUCAUUUACCCAACAAAAAUCUCACUCAAAGUUUUGUUUACCGAAAACUUUUCUCUUCGGUGCCACCCCUCGCCAUAAAUAAUGACCCACAACCGCUUCUGACCUGCUUCUGCUUCUGUCUGGUUAAUAAAUGUGUAAAACUCAAAUUCGAAAUUUCCAUCUAAUUCAUAUUUGGUAAUUUACUGUAGAUUUUGCCGAUGGUGAAAGUAGUAAAUCUUCCUCCAACGCAGCAUUUGACGAGUCGCUUGCAAACGACGUCCAAGCAACUAAACUUGCUGAACAAUCAUUGGACGCUCUAGACAGAUGGUCCCCAACGUUUGAUGACGAUUAGAUUAGGUUAGUUUAGAAAUUGAAAUCUCGAUAUUAAGUAGAAUUAUUGUGAUUAAUAUAAUAAAUUAUAUUGACUGAUGAUGUACACAAAAAUUCCAAUCAUGGUAUUUUGAUACGAGUGAAACCUACAAAAUAAAAUUUGUGCAUAUAAUUUGGUCAACAGAAUAGAUGAUUCCAGCUGCCUAUACACUAAAUUUUGAUCUAGGCAAGAAGAACAACAAAAUAUAACCCUACGAAAUUUGCAAAUUUUGUAUUAAAUUGUAUUAUGCACGGGAAAAUGCACCACCAGCUUUCGGCCCAAAUGUGGUACAUUUUCCCGCGCGUAUUGUAAUACAAAUUAAGAGGAGAAUCUUUUGUAUGUCACGUAUACGCGCUCAAAACUAAUGAAUAUGCUUUUGUUACUAUAUUCAAUUUUUUACAUUUUUGAUACGUUUCUCAAGCGGCAAACAAACUUAAAAAGUAUGUUUGAUGCUUUAUCUGUAAAUUUAUGCUAAAAUGAAGAGAUUUUAGAUGGUACGCCAAAGAGAAAAAUUGUGUCUGAAGUUCAGUACGUUUUGUUUACAUUGCUGUAUAAAUAUGGCGUCAAUUUUACAAUAUCAAUGAUAAAUGUAUUUAAAUUGACAAUUUUUUACUAUUAUUUAUGUUUCUCAACCGGCAGAUACGUUUAAAAAGGUUGCUAACUCUAUAAACAAGAGAAUAAAUCUAAAACAAAGUAAUUUUGAGAGGAACACCAAAAAGAUUUUAGGUUUUUAACACUUUUCUUUGCAAAUAUGUGACAUUGAAAAAAUGCAUGCCUCUUAACACAAAAUUUCUCAGGGCUAUAUUUUCCGUAUUUUACAACAUUUCGCGGCCAAACUUUGUCAUUUUACUAAUUUUAACAUGCUUUUUCGAGCUGUGGUGAAGGAUUUUGUUUUUCUUGUCUA